AUGUCGGAAAAGCGCAAGAAGACGAAAACGAAGGAAGGUGGGCCCAGAAGAUCUAGUGGCCCACCUGAGUCUCUUAUUGACAACGAUAUGGACUCAGAUCGCAUGAGUAUAUCCUCGACAUCUUCGAGAAAGAGCCAGCGAGAGCAGCAAAUCCGAUCGGCCAGGAAGCUCAAGAUGAAGAAAAAUGCUAUUCGCAAAUCAAAUCGCCACAUCGCAAAGUACGACCCUGAAAGUGCAAUGACUUCUACUGUCCCAAGUGACGAGGAACCCCCACCAGCCAAGAAACCUAGAAGACGAAUCCGUCGAAUUUCUGAAAGAAGCCGACGAACUAUUACUGCCAAACUUCCUCCCUGUUAUGGACCAGACUGUGACCAAGAGAUAGAUCGAAACAACGAAGAACAAGGAGCCACUGAUGAUCGCGAACUUCGCAAAUUACGAAAACUUUUCUGGUCAAAGACUGGCAAAGGGGCUGGGCGACCUCGUAAACUAAAGAAUAAGCAGCCGGACGGACGGUCCCAAAGCCAGCGUCGGAGAUGUACACUAGAACCAAGUCAAAAUGUAAAGGAAAACAUGAAGAACUUCUGGCGCGAGAUCUAUGUCUUCGACUAUUCAAAUGGAGACAAGAGGCGGACUGCGCAAGUUCGAAGCGCGGAUUUCGAUGAUUUCUUCAGAAAGAAGCGAUUCAGUGAAUCCUUUGGACCGCAUGCUCAAUUCAAAGAGCUAGCAGCUAUGGUUUCGAUACCGAAUGAGCAUCGGCCGUUCGCGAUCCAGAGGAAGAAAUUCGGUCGCAUUUUGAAAAUCGACUACGACGAUGAAGACUAUUCGACCGAUGCUACAGACAUUGACCCGACCUCGCCUUCUCAUGAUAUGGAAGUGGCGACUCCUCCACUCACGCCUUCUUCUCGAAGCAGGUCGAAUACCUCAGCCAGCGAACGGCCUAGUUUUGACGAGACAAAAAGCUCAUCGGGUCUCGAUAUUUCACAGCUCGCCUCGCGAUUUAACGAUCUUGAGACCGAAACUCAAAUGACCAAGUCGCAAAAUGAGAGCUUGGAAGCAACACCUAGAACAAUCAGCCGCUUUAGCUCGUACAUGAGCGAACCUGCCUGCAUUCCUCGUCACGACAUGUUCAUUUAUGAGAUUCUCAACACACAACUUAAUGCUCUUUGGAUCGAAGAGACAUUCGAAAGUCUUGGCGAGCUGAAAACGCUCUUCCCUCAUGAAAAGUGUUUUCUCGAAGAAGUCCAUGAUCCACGAAAUGAUACGACCCAACUAAAGUCAUUCUUGAAAGAAGAAGCAAAAGCGCUUUCUUGGAUGAACAUCGCCACUGGAUUCAUGACUAUCUUCGAGCGUCACGUAUCCAAAGUCAUUGAUUCCUUUCAACCGACGAACCUGACCGAACUUGAAAGCCAGCAAUACGACAUUAGUGGAGGAACGACUGAGAACUUCAAGUACUGGUUGAAAGAGCAGAUAAACAAAAGCGAAAAAGAGGCGAACCCGGAAAGUCCAUUUUGCCAAAGAGUGUUCGUAGAAAGCUUGCAAAAUCAUAUCUCCCGCUUGACGAAAUUGUCGACUACGACUUUGAUGAUGAUGGCCAGCUCUAAUAAUUCGAGUUCUCGCUCCAGAAGUGGAAAAUCUCGUGUGCAAGAACCCUACCGAAUCAUCAAUCAUUCCAUCUUGGAGAAGCUGAUCUCGUUUCUACUCAAAGUCAGGCCUUACUUAGAAGGCCAAGAUGAGCUCCACACCGACCUUGAAAAACUAGUGUCCUCGAAAAACAACAAAAACGGGAUCCCAAACGUCAUGGAUCUCACGCUUGCUGAUGUUUUCGAGCGAAACAUCUCGGUCGAGAUGAAUUCUACUUGGCUGGAAUCGUCGCUUCGAAACAUCAGAAUACGCUAUGUACACAACGAAUUCAACCCAGAUGCCUAUCCCCUGCCAGAAUGGUUGCCAAAUCUCAAUGGUCUUUAUACAUUCCUACUCGUAACACUCGCUCGUUUCCCAAUGACUCUCUGCAAACAUGUGCUCGAGAAGUUCGAGAGCAUCAGUUCUUGCACUGCCGACCAUUCCAAUUUCAUCGCAGAAUUCCACCCCGUCUUCGAUCAGUGUGCCGUCACUAUCUUCUGCAUCGAAACAUUGGCGCUUACCGAACACUCCUCAACCAGCGAUUUGCUUUUCAACACUAUCUACGAAUUGAAAUCAAAUUUCAAAAAGGCCUUGAAAUGUUACUACGACAAGGUUGUUAUUCCUCCUAAAGUUCACCUCUUAUCGAAAGAUUUCGAUCUUCACAAUAUUCUCCAGCGUAUGAACAACAUUUCGCUGUUCGAAUCUGAUGCCGAGUCUCUUGGUCACGUGCUCAAGUUCGAGAUGAAAAGGUUCAAAGAUCUUUCUCGACGAAUGCAUAUCUCAACAAAGCCGCGGAUUAUGGACCUGUUCCAGGAUAAAGCAGUCGUUUUAAUGGAUGUCCUACAAGAAUGGUGCAACGAGAGAAUUAUUAAGACCCAGCUCAAGCAUCUCGAUGACUUUCUCAACAUCACAAACGAGAAAGACUUGAGAAAGCCCCAAAUCACCUUGCCUAAUGGAAUCAGCUUCGAUCGCGUCCCAAGUGAGCCGGAAGACCAAGAAAACUUCAGAGACCGAGUCCAGAAAGAAAUUUUACAACAAAUGCUCCACAACCUUCGAGUUGGCAAGAACACAUUCGUUGAUAACGAAGCCCGAGGUGUCUUUCAAUUUGCGUUUUAUCUCCGAGAAAUCGCCGAAAAAGCGAUUGGUUAUCGAUUGAAAAAGACUGCGGGAAGGGACAUUUCGCAGUACCUGCUCAAUCAGGACUUUUGCAUGGUGAGAGUACUGAAUGACAACGAUUCCGACUUUUGGAUUUUCUGCCACUCGGAAACAAUCGAUCGAUUUGUAAAUGGAAAGAGUACAGUACUAGAAGAGCUGUUUGAUUUGAUGCAACGCGUUGAAACUGUCACUCCGGUUACGAAAGAUCUACUUGUUCGAAUCGACAACACCGUUGACGGAACAAUGUUUCAUGGAGGUCCGAUCGCCAUGAUUCUCGACCAGGAUGAUGAGCCGCGACAUUUUCUGAAAACCACGCGUCGUGCUUUUUCCGAGCUGGAUACAGGCUUCACUGGCUCUACUCAAAUCGCCUCGCCUUAUGCGAAAAAAAGCGCGUUUGAAUUCCCAGAACCAAGGAAAGCAAUGACGAUCGAAAUGGAAAGCCAAAUAAGCGCCAGGGCUAGUCAAGAGAGCGCUACGUCAGAUUGCCUCUUUGACUCGCAACAAACGAUGAACAGCUCUUUCAACGAUUCUCAAGGCACAGAGGCUGGUUACUCGCAGAACAGUCAGGCGACUCAGUCGAUCGAAGGUACCGCGUCAGAGUGGCAUUACGAUGAUGGUAUCUUUAUCUUCCGAAAAUCUGCACUUCCGGACUUGAAAUGGACUGGUAAAAUCUUCGAAAUCAAGCCAGACGCAUAUCGAAUCACGCCAAUCUUCGAUAUCGACAUGCAAGCCGAAUGCGAGCUCUACAUUCUCACGAUAAAUCCAGGAAAUGAGCGAUCUUUUACUCAGGAUUUCAGAGACUACCUUGAGCUGGUCGUAAAACAGACGGGAAUUACCAAAGAUGCCAAGAAUAUGGUCCAGCGUCUUCGCGACUCUGUUUUGAAAACAACGAAGACUGUCCAAAAUGUGAUCAACGAGCAGCUCCGCGUAUUCAGCGAGAUUCAAAAUGCCUUGCUCGAUGUCAAGGACAGGGCUUCCAGCGAAGACGAAAAGUUUUUUCACCAGGAGAAUCUCGACUACCUCGAAAAGGAAUAUCCAAAUGCAAUUCGGCGCCUGUACGAAAGCCUGAACAAUUCAUAUUUCACUGAAAUGAAGAAACUGACGCGAAAGCCAAUCAACGAAUUCAAUUCGAAGCACGCGUUCUAUCAAUCUUAUCAGAAACUGGCGCUGGAAAUCUUCUACGACUGGACGACUUUUGAAACAAAGAAAAUGCGCUCCUAUGCGACAGAGGAGCAGUACAAGUCUAAUCUUCGAACCGGACCAGCGACCUUGGAACACAAACACCUUGAUGACAGCUUCUUGCAAAAGCUCAAGCGCCAGGACGAGCAAAUGUAUCGAGAUCACAUCGACAGGAUUAUGAAAGCGUUCGACAAAAAGAAAGAGACUGGAGAUGGAGCAAAGGCUGUUGAUAACCGCCCAAAGCUCUUGAGCCAAGCUAGCACUGACCUGGGCGGCGAGGGCAAGAAGUCUUUCAGGAAUAGAUGCCGCUUGUCCGCCGUCAAAUUAGACACAGCGAGGACGGAAAAGGAUAGAGAAAAGAAAACUGUUGGGCGCGUUCUUACGGAGUAUUACGAUGAGGACGAAGACUCCGAUGAUGUCCCUGAGAACAACGGAAAGAAGAUCAACUUUGACUUUGUCAUCAUUCGUGACAACAUCGCACAGGGUGCGUUUGGAAAGGUUCACCUUGGAACUCGUCGUGACAACGGUGAUCAAGUUGUCAUCAAGGAAAUAAAGAAGCACAACAAAACCAUCGAGGAGCUGACUCACUAUCUCUACAUAGAAAUUCUGGCGAACGAGCUGCUCCAUCAUAAAAACAUUGUUCUCUACUACGGGCAAUAUUAUGAAGACUCUGACUCGAUUAAAAACGAUCUUCGCACCUUCUUCCUGAUGUUCGAGUACUGCGAAAUGACGCUGGACAAAGAAGCGCGCAACGGGAUUUCGCCGACGAUGAUCAUUGCCUACACGACCCAGCUAAUGGAUGCAGUGGAAUACAUGCACACAAACAGUUGGGUCCACAGAGACAUCAAGCCCUCCAAUGUCUUCCUCAAGCGUCAAGGCCAAUACUACCAUGUCAAACUCGGUGACUUCGGCAGCGCUCAUCAAAUCGCAGACGACUUGAAUGUGCAAACAAACAUCGGAACCCCUGCUCAAGGAGCCAAAGGCUGCACUUUCCACUACGCUGCACCAGAAGUCCAUGAAAAAUCCGGCUAUGGGAGGUCAAGCGACGUUUGGUCGAUCGGCUGCACCGUAUUGGAAAUGAUCACCGGUAAAUUGCCGUGGACGAAAGGAGGCAAGAUUCUCCAGGACAUCUCGAUCCUCUAUCAGCUGCGAGAAAGGAAUGACCCGAUGAAGUAUCACGGCGAAAUCAUGGAAUUCACAGGAUACCCCUUUUUCGCGCAGAAUGCAAAGACCUUCCUCAAAAAAUGCUUCAGCUUCAAUCCCGACGUACGACCUUCUGUCAGCGUUCUGAAAAGACACGCCUUUCUCGACCACGUGGUCACGCUCGACGACCUGGCCUUAUAA